CGCAUGCGCACACCUGGGGAGCGGAGGGCGGUCACCACCGAGUGGAAAGAUUUGGGCGUGAACCUGAGCGGGAGUCGGGCGGGGGGACGUGAGUGCGCAGGCGCGGCCGGGGAUUGAAGGCAGGCGACCGGAAUCUCGGCCAUUCUCAUUCGGCGCUGCAUCUCGAGCCCGCCGCCAUGGCUGCCUACAAACUGGUGCUGAUCCGGCACGGCGAGAGUGCCUGGAACCUGGAGAACCGCUUUAGCGGCUGGUACGAUGCAGACCUGAGUCCGGCGGGCCACGAGGAGGCGAAGCGCGGCGGGCAGGCCCUGCGAGAUGCUAGCUAUGAAUUUGACAUCUGCUUCACCUCAGUGCAGAAAAGAGCAAUUAGGACCCUCUGGACAGUGCUGGAUGCCAUUGACCAGAUGUGGUUGCCAGUGGUGAGGACUUGGCGCCUCAAUGAGCGGCACUAUGGGGGUCUGACUGGCCUCAAUAAAGCAGAAACUGCUGCUAAGCAUGGUGAGGCCCAGGUGAAGAUCUGGAGGCGCUCCUAUGAUGUCCCACCACCUCCAAUGGAGCCUGACCAUCCCUUCUACAGCAACAUCAGUAAGGAUCGCAGGUACGCAGACCUCACUGAGGAUCAGCUGCCCUCCUGUGAGAGCCUGAAAGAUACUAUUGCCAGAGCACUGCCCUUCUGGAAUGAAGAAAUUGUCCCCCAGAUCAAAGAAGGGAAAAGAGUUCUGAUUGCAGCCCAUGGAAAUAGCCUCCGGGGCAUAGUCAAACAUCUGGAAGGUCUCUCUGAAGAGGCCAUCAUGGAGCUGAACCUGCCAACUGGUAUUCCCAUCGUCUAUGAACUGGACAAGAACCUGAAGCCGAUCAAGCCCAUGCAGUUCCUGGGGGACGAAGAGACCGUGCGUAAGGCCAUGGAAGCUGUGGCUGCCCAGGGCAAGGCCAAGAAGUGAAGGAGAGCAGGCCAACUGCUAUCCCUCAGAAUACCUUCCCUGCCCAUUCCUUCCUUUGCACCUCACACUGACCACAUCUGUACAUCUUAAGUUGUAGGUAACUGCAGAUGGGGACCAGUAGCUCCCAUUUUCAUUGUUAGCAUUGUCUCUUACACCACUCCCUUCAUAGAAUCUAGUCAGAAUGGCACCUUUGGGGUGCAGGUUUGCUGCCUGAGCCCAGGGAAGGUUCCUUUUAUAUUUAGGAGGGUUGAGUGACAGUAAUUCCAGUUUUUCCUAGUCCUUUGUUUACUAAGGACCUGCUUGAAUAGUGGUUAGGCAGGAACCCUGCCAUGGUGACCAGUAGGAAGCCAGAGUUCAUUGUGAGCCAGGACCCAUCAGGUCGCUGUUGAGAAGGCUUGAGUCAUUCCAGUGGAAGGUGAAAGUGUCCUGCACGGUGAAUUCAAAACAGCUAUUUCCUCCUGACUCCAGAGGUGCUGGCUCCAGAUGGUUGGGAUCAAUCCUGAACUACAUUUUUUGUGUUAUAUUCACUUUUACAAUAAAAAAAAUACAUAUAUAUAUAGCUAUUAAAAACACUGAAUAAAAACACAUAAGGGUUUUUAGUGACAGUUGAAAUAGUCGCACAUGUGGUCAUCAGAAGAUAAGCCAUUCCUCACACCAAUAUGGGAAAGCUUCUUGGUCUCUGAGGACAGGAAUGCUUCCUGUUUCUACUUAAACCCUUCCUGCCUUGUUCUGUGGCAGUGAAAUUCCUCUUAAUUGUGCAAGUGUUUCACUGUCUGGUUUCUGAAUCAAGUUCCAGUUGCUUGGCUCUGCCACAUGGACCUUAUACUUAUUUUGAGCAUAAUUACUCAGUCUUUUUCCAGAUCAGUGUAAUAAAAGGAGUGAUGUGCAAUA